AUGGCGUCCACUUCCCACUCGAGAGAGAACAUACAAGAAAGACAAACGCUAGAACUCAACCUCGACCUGUCCCACCAUGGCCGCAAAGCCCAAGUCUCCGUUACUGUCCAACCCAACACCGACCCAUCCCUCUACGGCUGCACCCUCCUCUUCCCCUCCAAACCCUCCUCCACCUUCGCCAACUUCCCAGUCUGCGAAGCCACCGUCCGCGCCAUCGGAAUGAAAGGCUACGGAUCCAUGUACGGCUGGGUCCAAAUGACGCGCGACAGCUCCCAUGACUGGGAGAUGGAUCCGGCACCCAUCUUCCAAGGCCUAGACACGCCGUUCUGCUGGUUCGGACCCGAGCCGAGUCUUUUCGACUGUCCUAUGCGAGAGAAUGUGAGGGAUUUUGACUGGACUUGCCAUAGUUUCCUGGCUUGGCUGCCGGAUUGUUUGAUGUCGAAGGACGUGAGGCCGGGUGUCGGAUUUGAAUGGGGGUUCUGGAUUGAGGAUGGGGAGGUCAGGGUUAAGGCUUUAAAGAGGUUGGGGGACGGGGAGUGGGAUGGGCAUUUGCCGAUGCUUAGGGAGAAGUUUCCUAGUUGGACGUUCUCACCGCACUCGUGA